AUGUCGGAUACGGCGGUUGUGUGUAAUAUCUGUGGCUCACCGUACACAUUACCUGAAGAUGAAGUUUUGGGGAAUCUCCCGCACGUGCUGUUGUGCAGUCAUAUUUUCUGCAUCACUUGCCUGCGCGCUCUCGAGUCCCCGCAGAACGUCAUCACGUGCCCGGAAUGCAAGAUGGACACCAGUGUUGGUGAGGAAGGUGUUGAUGGUUUAGAGGUGGACAGCAGAAUCAUUGGCCUCAUCUAUACUGCACGGAUGAACUCCAAGAAAGGGCACUCAGGUGACAAAUGGAAACAAGUAAGGUUUAGGAGCCCACCCUCAUCUGCAGUUGUCCACACACCGGAGCAUGCUGAAAGGAGGCCAGAUGUUGUUAAAGUUUUGGAUGAAGCUCUCGUGAAGGCAACUGUAAACCUGGAUGAACUUGAUAAACUUCACAAGACUCUAGUGAAAGGUAUUCAAGAUCAAUUAAGGAAAGAGAUAACUCGAAUUAUCGGAGAAAUUGAUGAAGCCUUUGAAAAAGCAAAGAGCAUUCUGCUGAAAAGGCGGAGUAUGUUGUUAUCAAAAUUGAAUGCUGUGGAGUGUCUCUUUUUGGAUGGCCGAAAGGAGUGUAAGAGAAUAGAAGAGAGGGUAAAAGCACUGCGCACAGCCAUUCAGAAAGCUCGACAUGUCCGACAGGUUCCUUCUCUAGAGACUUACUGCAACCUUGAUGAGAUUUUGGAGACAUUACACAUUCCAGUGGAUGUUGAGUCAUACGACAUGAGCGCUCUGUCUUUGCGUUCAGGACUCAGCUGCUGUCUUCAGGAGGACCGUCUUACUGAAAGUAUAAAUAACUGCCUUAAAAUAGCCAAUGACGAUGAUGACGUUAUCUUGGAAGAAGUCACUGUGGAGGAUUUCCAAAACCUAGUGAAGAGUGGACAGUCUGAGAACGGUGUGGAGGUCUGGGUCGGCUCCAGUCAGCUUGCUCCAGGAAAUGCAGACCCCAUUCCCAAAAAGAAAAGCACACACAGCCCUAAUUCCAUGGAAGAAAUCAUAGAAGAUACUGGUGCUUUUACAAAAAUAAAUGCUAUUCUGAGAUGCAGUUCCCCAGUCCCUGAACCCAGGCACAAAGAAAGGCACAGGGUACAGAGGAGACAUCACAAGCUGCAUACUGACAAGCCCUCAACUACACAGCCUAAAUUGGUGCACUACGUUUUGGUGAGCCACAUUGUAAACCCUGGACAUUUCUACAUACGAUAUAUGACGGAACACAAGUCGGGGCAUAAAUUGACUAAAAAGAUCGGCACAUUAUGCGCAGGAGAGAGUAGCCACUUCACAUUCAGUGAUGAAAUCAAGAUAGGCUCUCUGCUCUUUGUCUGGUGGAAGGAGGAUGUCUGGUGUAGGGUAACAGUGACUGAACUCUUCCAGAAAGAGUGUUUCCAGAGUGUGACUAAAUGCCCUGCUUCAGAAGUCACCCGUCUUUGUGUGUACUUCCAGGACUAUGGCUUUACUAAGGGACUCACAAUCCCAAGUGAUGGCAGUUUGAAAGGGUUGAACGAGUGUCUGCGGAAACCUGAUUCAGCUGCUCGGUCUGAAAUGAGCUGCUGGGCUCCUAUGGCCAUCAAAUGUUCUCUUAAAGACAUUAUUCCUUCAGACCUGGUGAGAGGGUGGAGUUCAGAAGCAAGUGAAGAGAUGAGGCGUCUUUUGGGCUCUGAGGCCGUGGAGAUGCAGGUGUUUGGUAAAGAUGGAGACACGCUAAUGGUAGACCUGAAAAAACCACCAAUGCUGUCAAUGCGGGACUACCUAGUUUUCAUGGAACUGGCCAGAUUCUAUUCUCCUAUGCCAGCUUCUAGAGGAAGUGUGGCCCUGUUGUUCUACCCUCCAGUUUCCCCCAAACUCAACGUUGAGGUCAAAGCUAUGGUUUCUCAUGUAAACACACCGUCAGACUUCUAUAUACAACUAGUUGAGAAUAUGGAGUACCUACUGUUGCAUUCGAAGCUUCAAGACUGUUAUGAUCCUUCUACACAACAUGGUGAUUUCCAGAUCUUCUGCCCUUCACUGUCAGAGGCCUGUGUCGCUCUCUAUGACCAAGAGUGGUGCAGGGUCCAGGUCACAGGUUUCCCAGGUGGUCAAAGGGUUGAGGUUCGGUAUGUGGACUUUGGCUACAGAAAGACUCUCUCCGUGAAAGACCUGAGACAGAUAAAGGACGAGUUCUUUGCUUUACCAGAAAUGGCGGUGUGGUGCAGUCUGUCUGAUGUGGACAGUUUGGAGGAGACGUGGAGUAAUGAAGCCUGUGAAGUCUUUAAGGAACUCACUGAUCAGAAGUUUGUCACUGUGUUGGCACAAAAGCUAGUGCCCACCUCUAGUCCAGUGCCCGUGUGUCUGUUGGAGGUCAGCGAUGACUGUACCGGAGCUAGUAUUGGAGACAUUCUUGUCAAGAAGGGUCUUGCUGUAAACUGUAAACAGACCCAGCUUAAAGUCCCGGAGCCCCUGGGGGCAACCGUAUGGGACCCUCCAUUUGAAGAGAAAGUUCUACCUGAGCAGACUCCCUCUCCUGCUUCUGAAGAGCUGCAGGCCAACCUGAGUCUGCCCACCUGUCUCAAAGACCUCAGAGUUCGUGUGACACACGUCACCUCCCCUGGAAACAUCUGUGUGCAGCUGCUACAGUUUGAUGGCCAGCUAAAGAGAAUCCAUGACAUGUUGAAGAGUCUCUACUCUAAGUCGGAGCCACCAGAGAUAGAGUGGGAAGCAGAGAUGUUCUGUGCUGCCAACAACACUGGAGUUUGGGAAAGAGGAAAAGUGUGCAGUUUGUCCUUUAGCAGUGGGCUUGCAGAGGUUUUGCGUUGUGACUUUGGGAAUAAGGUGAAGCUUCACAUGAACAGUCUUAGACCUCUUCGUCCUGAUCUGAUUGGGUCAUUCGUACUGGAAUGUAACCUCAGUGGUAUAAGGCCAGCUGGUGGUCUCUCCACAUGGACGGCCACAGCGUGUGACUUUAUCUCUCACUACCUGACAGGUGCAAUGGCCAUAAUGACCAUAAAGGAUAGUUCUGCCAGACCUGUGCUGGUGUCUCUGUUCUGUUCGAACCGGGCUGGUCAGAAUGUCAGUAUUGCAGAUUUCCUCAUCAGUGAAGGACUUGCACUCAAAGAGCGAAAGUAAGAUUGUUUGCUGAGUGAGCAGAACCCUGAAACACAAAGAACUAACAGCCCACCUCAGACUCUGCCCACACCUGCCCCUCGCAUCAACCCUCCACCAGAGAGAGUACAGACACAUGCCUAUCCCCCUCCAGAGCUGCCUCCUUGCGGACACAUGGUUAUGAGCAUCUCUGCCAUCUCUGAGCAAGGUGUCAUUUAUGCAAUGACACAUCAAGCAGUGUGUGAGUUUGAUCGCUUAAGAGGGCGGCUGCAGCAGUAUAUUAAAACCAUUCCAAGACAGAAGAAUUACAACUGGAAAGGAGUUUUGGGCUGUGCUGUCAUGGGAACUGACAUGUUUUGGUACAGAGGUCAGGUGCUGGAGGUCAUUGGAGGACAUGUAAAGGUCCGAUAUGUGGAUCAGGGACUUGUGGAGAGUAUUCCAGUUUGCCACGUGUACCCAGCGGUCCUCUGUGAGGAUGUGCCGCAGCUCUGUGUACCCUGUCAGCUAAAUGGGGUCAUACCGAUUGGAAAAGGAUGGCAGUUGGACGCUGUGCUGCUCAUGAAGGAGUUGCUACUUGGACGUCUUGUCAGUGUCCACAUAAUGGAACACCCAGAGGAUCCUAGUGGCUGUGUUACCGUAGAGAUAACAGUGGAUGGCAUGGCACUCAGCAAGAUAAUGGUGCACCACCAAUAUGCCAAUUUUGACCCUGCCAUCGGCAGCAAGGAGGAUUAUGUGGUUAAGCCUCCUGUCCCGGAUUUGGAUGACUGGGAUAUAAACACAGAGGGGCUGGAGGAGCCACUGCCUGUGUUAGGUGUCUAUAAAGAACUUAAUCUUCCCAUAAAUUGGAAACAUUUCCCUGUCAGAGUCAAGCACAUCCGCACCCCUAAUGAGAUCUUCUUGUGUGUGUUGGAUAAGACUGGGGGAAAACAGAAAGAGGGAGAGUGUUUGGAGGAAGCUCUGGAUCGUGUGAAUGAGAGCGUUGAAAAUCUAAGUCUACUAUCAGACUUCCCCAUUGAAUGUCCCUGUCUGGCCGAGUACAGUGAUGGUAGAUAUUAUCGUGCAAAGCUACAGUGUUUUUCUGAAGUCACUCCUACUGUCAAGCUCCUUGUGAGACAUGUGGACUUUGGCUCUGAUGACAUCUUACCAAUACACAAACUUCGGCAGCUCCCUGCAUCCCUCUAUCAUUUUCCGUGUGCGGCGAUUUGCGUGAAGGUAGCAGGCUUUAGACCACCAACCUUGUGCACAGAGCUGGAGCGGAUCCCUUACCAGCCAGAGUGGAGCAUGAGAGCCAUGCUGGAGAUGAUUGAUCUGUUGAAUGGCGACCUCACUGCUGUGUUGACUGCAACAGAACCACAGCUAACAGUGUUGCUGUACAAUGUGGAUGGAACGCUUGUGCACACACCUCUGGUGGAGAAAGGCCUUGCCGUUUAUGAAUAACACAACACUUAGAAAGGUUCUGGCAGUGACAUCCAAGUUCAUCAGCUUUUAUUGAAUCUUGAAGGACAGCAAAGAAUUCGUUUGUUUAGAUUCUUGGUGUUUUUAGUUUACAUUUGUGCAGUUAUGUGCACUGUCAUUGUGUUAAAUAUUUGGGCAGUUUUGUGUCAGGUUUUAUGCUGGUACAAUUAUGCCUCAUUUUAGAGUAUUAAUAUUAUAUAGAAUAAUACAUUUAUUCUAAAUAUGUCACAUUUGUGAUAAUUUCUGUUUUGGUAUUUGAGAUUUUCUGUGUUCAUACUCAAGGAUGCUUAAAAGUAGCAGCAAGACUUUGUUUGUGGUCUCUAUAUGUUGAGCAGAGUUUAAGUAAAUGUUUCUGACUUGGUUGUCACCAGUGUUUGCACCAAAUCAUAACAUUACAUUUGCAAGAAUCCAGUUAGUAAAUGCAUAAAGCAAACGUAAACCAUUUAAUUCACCAUCUCCACCACUUACCUAUUUUAAAAGCACACAAACAGCAGCUCAUUAGUCAGUUCCAAUUAAUAAAAAAAUUCUGCAAACUGCUAUUUGCUAAAACAUAUUGAUCUACAAAAGUAAUUUGUGUGCCUCAACUGUUCCUGAAAUCAUGAAAGACUAAAAAAAAUGUGUCAAAUAAAGGGAAAACCAUAGUUAGGGCUAAAUUGCUCAAAUUAACUUUCCAUCAACCACCAUUUUAUUCUGUUGGUGGUGUUUGAACAUGUUCUGACAAGUGUUUAAACCAGCUUACAAAAAUAUUUAUUUUACAGAACAAAUUACACAAAUACUUCACACGUUUAAACAAUAUAGACACCGUAAAUUCAAUCAAGUCCAUUUCAUUUUAAUGAAACAAUGUCAAGUUCUGGGCCUUUUAUGCCUUAGUGUCCACAAUGACAUGACCUGUGGGGUAUUGUGUCUCCUGCCAUCCAUCUGAAUAAACAGUUUUUAUUGUACCAUCUGGAUAUUCCCAUAUCUUAAAGGGGACCUAUUAUGCAAAAUUCACUUUUACCUGGUGUUUGAACAUAAAUGUGAGGCAGCAGUGUGUGUACACAACCACGCUACAAUGUUAAAAGUCCACCCACUCCUCUUUCUUAUAUUUCUAUUAAUCAAAAACAGUGUCUCAAAAUGAGUGGUUUUCGUAUCCGCUCUAAAGUGACGUCACUUUAGAGCAAGCCUCGCCCACGACUGGUGGCGGACUCCACCCUAUUAUCAUAGAUCCUCCCCUGAGUGAUCGACACACAGUCCACCAUUUUUUUCUGCGCUGGAGCAGCUAAAGUAAGAAUAAUGUCUCAACUUCAUAAGCGUCAUACGUGUUCUGUUGUUGGCUGUAAAAGUGGACAUAAGAGUCUUCAUGUACUCCCGGCAUCAGAGCCACUGAAGCUGCAGUGGACAAGUUUUGUUUUUGAAGAAAAUGUGCCCCAAAACGUACCAAAAUUCGUGAAUGUUUGUGCAAAUCAUUUUACGCCGGACUGCUUUGUGAAUGAGGGUCAAUAUAAAGCAGGAUUUUCAAAAUAAAUUGACUCAAGCAUGGAUCAGUACCAACUGUAUAUCCUGAAGAGGUAUCACACUUUAUCUUUUGUGAAUGUUUGCAAAUCACCUUUCCGAAUGUGCUUGUUAGCGGAUUCCACGGCUACUGCAGAUAAAGUUACCAUUGUCUCUGAUUGUAUUCACCGAGACCAGAGCUAUGUUGUUAUAGCUUGUUUGCACAUGACGUCACUGCGUUGCUGUGGCAUGAAAUGCAGAAGGAGUGCAGGAAGUGAUUUUCUAUAUAAGAAGCACUAUCACAAACUCAAAAUGCUUAUGUUUUGUGUCGUUUACGGUUGCUCAUACAUAUAUGGCUGAACUCCGGUAUUUACAGUGUCAAUCAUAUUGGUACUGAUUUGUUGUUGCUAUAGUAUCCGAAGCACGAGCUGGAAAGGGGGCAGGGAGCAGCAGCUCAUUUGCAUUUAAAGAGACACACGAAAACAGCGUGUUUUUGAUUCCACCCAAAAAGAGGCAUUUAUAACAUGGUAUAUUAAAUGAUCCGUGGGGUAUUUUGAGCUGAGACUUAUAUUACAUCUUGUAAAAAGGGGCAUAAUAGGUCUCCUUUAAAAUCUGUAGUAUGGACCUCUCGCUGACCUGUAUUAAACAAUCACCUUACUACCAUCCCUAUGAGAAAGUAUAAUCAAAAUGUUCCAUUAUUGUGACUUUAAUAUGCCUGGAUGAAUGUCUUUUUCAUUAUAACACAAUGGACUGGAGGGCAACAAGUUGUA